CGGACCAUAAGCAUCGUCUGAAAGCUGUUUUAGUUCUGGACGUAAACUAUACGCUUGUUACAUCUCUUCGAAUACGGUGAGAAGCUAGCUAGUGUUUACUUCAGUUGUCUUCAUCAGCUAGCUCGCUAUAUACUUUUUUGCCAAUUUAUAAAAUGGCUCUGUUAGCUAGCUAAAUUAUAAAGAUUAGUUGCGCGGCACCGCCGUUAACCGUGGAUUAUCCAUUGAGGGGGCGUAGCUAACGUUAGUUAGCAAGCACCAUAGAAAAACGAAUGCACCUCACUUGUGCAAUUUCAUUUUGUAUCGUAUCUAGCCACCUAACCAAGUAGCUAACACUAUAUGCAGAAAUCGUAUUGGGUAAUGGCGGCAAAUUCAAGAUACAAUAACCAUUUGAACAGUUUGCUACUACAGCGGAUGAAGUUGCGGAAAGAGCGUGGAUAUUUUUUUUGGAAGACUGUGAAAAGGGAAAGGAGUUGAGUGUAGAGGGAAGCGGUGUGUUGAGCAAGACUGACGUCAAGUAGAAAAAUACGUGCUCAGAAAUUGAACCUGACGAGCAUGAUGAUGUUGGAAGGACGCUGAGAGUGGAAACGGUUCAGACACAGAACAAUGAGACCUUCUUCUUCUGUGGGUUUUAUGGCGGACUACAACCCAAAAAGUUGUAUUGCCGCCACCAACUGGACGGGUAAAAAAUAAAAUCCAUACGUGAUAGGGAAAUUAACUUAAUCCACCCAAAUAAAAAUAGUAAACAAAUAAAAAUAGUAAAUUAACACAAACUCCCACUUAGGGCCUGAGAGGGUGGUACGGAUUGUGACAAUAUUCAAUGUAACUCCUCCGCCGAGAAGUCUUUCAGUCACAGGAACCGCACCGCCGCAUCCACAAUAAUAUAUAUUUUCCUGGACCUUCUCUCCACUUGGCAGUGCCAUUAAUCACCAUAGCUAUAAAGGCCACAGAGUCCACCUUCUUAACCUUUAAAAUAUCUGGGUCCUGCUGGUGAAAGGCAACCCCUGCAGCCUGCAGUGAAGGCCUAUCCACCACCAUGGACUCUUCAGGAGCACCAUUCAAACCCUCAACCCUUUUAACAGCAGCCGCAUAUGAUAUGCUCUGGACAACCCUAGCUUUGGCCACCUCAUUUUAUUUCACCCUUGUCAGGCAUUCAAAAGACGUGGCUUCAUGGUUCCCACCACAAUUGCAACAUGUCAUAUUUUCAUCACUUUUAUAACACAUAUGAUAUUUUCCACAACUUGGACGUCUCGGUUGCUCCCUUCUGCAAACACUUGAAACAUGACCAAAAGCUUUACGUUGAUCACUGCAUUGGUCUUGGGAUAAAUGCUCUGACUUUGUAGUUUAUAUACCCCAACUGCACUUGAGUAGGGAGAGACUCCAUAUAAAAAAACAAAAGAACAGAUAAACUCUUCACUUUUUCAUAAUUCACCACACGAUUCAUCCAACGUGCAUCAAUCACUCCAGGAAUAUUUUUCAUCUCUUCAACAUCGACUUCCCACGAGACGCCAGAUAUUACCCCCUUGAGGGGUGCCCUGUUCCGAAGAGACACACAACACGUCAAACUUAUCAAAUCGGGUGAGACGCAACACACAUUUCUUCUGAUCCUCAGAAGCACAACAAAUCGAAACAAGCCCGCCUCUCGUGAUCCUCACAGCCUUUACUUUACCCAUCACUCUCUCAACCAGUUUGGAUAGCUCAAAUGGAUUCUUCAAGAUUGGUAUUUCGAUCAGCUGCUCCUACAAGAUACAAAGGGAAAUUCUCAGCACUGUACACUACUUUGCUCUGUUUUCCAUUGUUUUGGACAAUAGUCCAAUUCUACUUGAUUCUACCGCCAUUAGAUUUACAAUCCACUUCAGCAUCUGCUUCCACCAUCUUUCAGGGUCACCAUCUCAGGCCAACAAAUGAGAGAUAUUUCACCGGAUGUGUAAAUGUGAAGCAUCCGCUUGGCGUUUCCACUCACUACCAAAUAUGGUAGUGAGAGGACGCCCAGUGGCCGACAGUGGGAGAAGAUGGAAGGAGAUGGAUAUUGGCCGACAUUCUUCAAAUGUUCUCAUUGAUGAAACAUUUGAUCUCAGUACAGUUUUCUGAUCCCAAAACUAGAAUUUGUUAUGAACAGAGUCGUCUGCGUUUUGUAGACUUUAACCUUCGGCAAAGUUGUAAAAAAUCACGUUGUUUAGGAGUGCAAAGGCGAAUUGAGUAAUUGCACACGCGCGCUUAACAGAGUAGGCGUUCCCUAACGGAAAUAUGCAGUUGUUCAUAAAGACAGGCCUCUGUCUAAUAAUGCCUUGUUCGUUUGUUGGAGUACGUUUCAUGGAUAAGGAUGUGUUUUUGGGAGAUCCAUUUGCGGUCAGGGAGAUGGAGUAAAAGUGACCAGGGGCCGCAUUUAUAAACGCUACAUAUGCACAAAAAAUGCCCCAAAACAGGUUACCACGCAAAAGUUGGCAUUUAUAAAAACUGAACAAGUUCUAGUGUUUGAAGGAUUGCAUUGUAACAAGGCAAAAGUAGCCUAGUUGUAGCCAUGGGCAAUAUUUGAUGGCACUCUUAUUCAAAACAAAAAAACGGGCAUUUAGGCUUAAAUAUAAUAACAAUAUGCAAUAAUUUGCUGUUAGUGACGAGUGAAAAUUAAUGUAUUUUAUCUUUGCAUUCUAAAAUAAUUAGAAAUAGGCAUCUAUUUCUAUUAUUUCUUAAAUUUCAUGAUAAUUGCAGAAUCAAUUCCUCACCUGUUUGUGACUGAUGGUUUCAUACUCGCGAAAUGGCCUAAAGGCCUACAACAAGUUAGGAUAGGCUACCAUCUCUCAUUUAAUUGGACCCACUUUACAGUAGUAAAUAGUAGUGCAGUUUAAUGGUAGAACAGACGGCCUACAAAGGUCAAUGGAAAAGGUGAACUAUGUCUGAAUAAUGUAAUGUUACAUUUCUCGAGUGGACAAUAUUUCAUUUAUAAACAUAAUACAUAGGCCUAAUAUAUUGCAAAGACAUUGGCAACAUUGCAGAAUAAAUUCCUCACAUUUUCUGUCCAUGAUAAGUUAUUAUUCCCGAAGUAGCCAUAAAACAAAUUACCAUGCACAUCUCUCUUUUAAUUGGGCCUAUUAGAUAGGCUAUUAUAAUUUCGUUUUUGAAUUAUUUGUAUAGUUUUAGGUCUGAAACUGUACAAAAUGUUCACAAUGCGCUCGUUAGCAUUUAGUUAGCCUUCUCUAUGAUAUUCUACAUGUACUUGUUAGGAUUGCUAACCUUCGGAUUAAUGAGUAUCAGUGGGGUUUGAAAACGGCGCCCCCUGUGUUCUGUGCCAGUAUUAUGGAAUAUUCCAGUAUGGCACAAGGUCGGUAUGAAGGUAUGACAGCUCGGCAUUCAACACCAUAGUGCCCAGAAAGCUCAUCACUAAGCUAAGGACCCUGGGACUAAACACCUCCCUUUGCAACUGGAUCCUGGACUUCCUGACGGGCCGCCCCCAGGUGGUAAGGGUAGGCCCUCAGGGGUGCGUGCUUAGUCCCCUCUUGUACUCCCUGUUCACCCACGACUGCAUGGCCAAGCACGACUCCAACAACAUCAUUUAAGUUUGCCGAACGACACAACGGUGGUAGGCCUGAUCACCGACAAUGAUGAGACAGCCUAUAGGGAGGAGGUCAGAGACCUGGAAGUGUGGUGCCAGGACAACAACCUCUCCCUCAACGUGAGAAAGACAAAGGAGAUGAUCGUGGACUACAGGAAAAGGAGGGCCGAACACACCCCCAUUCACAUCGAAGGGGCUGUAGUGGAGCGGGUCGAGAGUUUCAAGUUCCGUGGUGUCCACAUCACCAACAAACUAUCAUGGUCCAAACAUACCAAGAAAGUCAUAAAGAGGGCACGACAACGCCUUUUCCCCCUCAGGAGACUGAAAAGAUUGGGCAUGGGUCCCCAGAUCCUCAAAAAGUUAUACAGCUGCACCAUCGAGAGCAUCCUGACCGGUUGCUUCACCGCCUGGUAUGGCAACUGCUCGGCAUCCAACCGUAAGGUGCUACAGAAUGUAGUGCGUACGGCCCAGUACAUCACAGGGGCCAAGCUUCCUGCCAUCCAGGACCUAUAUACUAGGCGGUGUCAGAGGAAGGCCCCAAAAAUUAUUUCAGUGUUGGAGGUGUGUUUAUUGACCGAUUGCGCAUUUGGUUAAUGAUGUUUGUCCCCCAUAAGACACUGUAGAUGCAGAAGCCUUUAUCACUUCCUCAAAAGCCUCAGAAUGAAUCGAAGAUAACUCAAGAAAUGUGUAAUUCAUUUUGACAUUUUUGCAGAGGAUGUUUUAGUUUUGCAAUUUUACAUCUAAGGUGUUUGGUGCAGUAUUUCUCAAAUAAAAAAAUGCGGCUUGUGUUAUGUAAACAAAGUCGGAGCUGCUGGGCAGGUCUGUCUCACUGUCUCUAAACUAUUGGAUAGAGAGCAAUCCCCGCAGCUGUUAACCCCAUGUUAGUGGGCAAAUGGACAUCGUCAAAUCAACCCAACCUUAAUUUACCCGUUGUGAUGCACGGAUGUUCCAAGACUGACUUCAUGACCAGAAUAUCCUAUUUACACUUUGUAGUCAGUUUUGACACUAGAAUAACUGUUUCUGACUGGAAUCGAUGUCACAUAGGCCGUUCUCAAAGGCAGCCAAAACUGCCAAAUACUCCAUCUGAACGUUGCAGCCGACCGUUGCAGCCUUCUUCCGUUACACACAGAUGUUCGUAACAUGCUUAGAUGUUUUCUGUAAAGACGCACUGUAACAUGGAGAUGUGGCCGUGUGGGAACACUAACCCUAUAAAGGUGUGUAUGAAUUGAACCCUUUUAUUUUUUAGAAAAUUAUUUUGAAAGAUAAGGUCCUUAUGCCUCUCAAAACCGUACCGCGAGCGAUAUGUGUUAAUGUUCUUAGCAAAACUCCCCCGUACAGAAGACGCCUUUGUCCAAUGACACUUAUCUGUAAUGGAAUGGAACUGAGAGUCAAGAUCAAGGGCUAGGAGGUUCCUAAAUGUGAGAAGUGUGCAGGAGGACAUGAUACAAAGGAAUUGGAUACUAAUGGUGCUGGAGCUCAGAAGUGUCCAGUGAGAGAAAGGCAGGUUGAGGUUGCCAGGAUCAGAGUAGUACAGAAGGUGUCGUAUGCUUAGACAGUGAAGAGAGUAGUAGAAGAAGAUGGGUCCAGGGCGAUGGAUCCUAACAGGCUCUCUGUGAGUAGGCCGAGGUCAAUAGAGAGUGAUAGCAAUAAUGUGCUUCAGUAAGGUUGGUUUCUUAGUGUUCAUAGCCAUUGUUAUCAACUGUACUGCAGAACUGGAACUUAAAUCACAGGGAAAAACAUUUUGUGGUAGCAGCUGCAGAGAAGUACGCGGGUGUACGAGAUUUUACUGCAGAAGAGUUACAAGGUGUGUUGAACGAUAGUGUCCCGUCCUCCCAGGCUGUCGGCCUGGUGCAGGAUCAGAUAUGGCCAAGUAGUGGAAUAGUGGGGAGGAUUUAAUGGGUGUAGGGUUAGUUGGUAGGGCAAUUUUUGUUCCCUUUUCCCUGUCCUUUGUCCUUUACCUUUUUGUGUUACAAAGUGUAAUGAAUUCACACUCCAGAACAGUAGGCGGAAACACAGGGCUAGAUAAGAGAAAUAGAUGAAUAGUGAGGACUCACACUCCAGAACAGUAGGCGGAAACACAGGGCUAGAUAAGAGAAAUAGAUGAAUAGUGAGGACUCACACUCCAGAACAGUAGGCGGAAACACAGGGCUAGAUAAGAGAAAUAGAUGAAUAGUGAGGCCUCACAAUCCAGAACAGUAAAGUAUGUGGCGGUGUAUGCACUUUUCAGUUGGUUGUGAUCCGCCAAUACAAAUCUAAAGAAGAAGAAAGUAACACUAUGCAUGUUCCUAUGUAUUCACAACAUCUGAAACACUAUGUUGUUUAAAUAUUUGUUUCCCUGACUCAUUAGCAACUGGUUGGCACAGAGCAGAGUGACACUAAAUUAGAGCUUUGUUCCUUUAGUGUGUGCUGAUUGCCAUCUCCCCUGCUUUGUCACAUACCAGAAACCUCAUCACACGAUAGCCUGAAGCGGCUCACUAGAGAACGAUGAUGCGUUACUGGGGGGAGAUCCCCGGGCCGGCAGGCGCCCCACCGAGCCGCAGCUCCUUCGACCUGCUCCAGCGCGAGUUCCGCUCGGUGGAGAUGCAGGACCCCCCUCUGCACCAGCCCUCGGCCCAGCGGCCCCGGCCCACUACCAUGCUGGACAUCCCCUCUGAGCCCUGCAGUCUCACCAUCCACACGGUGCAGCUGUGCCAGCACACCCGGCGCCUCCGCAGCCUCCUGGCUGCAGCCCAGGGGAAAGGUCUGGUCCCCUCGGAGGGCAGUAGUGCUGGAGGAAGUAGCAGGCUGGAGGAAGGGGAGGCUCUUCCCCCACGGCCACCCACGCCGCCGGCCGCCCCCGAUGACCUGCUGCCCCUGGACAGCAAGGCACCCUGGCAGCCCUUCCAGCUCUGCCACAGCGACCCUGAGAGCGACUUUUACAUGUAAGACAGGAAUGGCUGUGUCUUGACUUGUUGCAGUGGCUUGCACAGUGUCACUUUGUAUUGUGAUCUAUGUUUAUUAAUUGAACUUUGCAUUGAAGUCAAGAUAAGCUAAACGGAUUAUGAUCGUAUUUUUUUUUGGAAGAAUGUGGUGAACAGUGCUCUGGCAACAAUGAGGCAAGGAAUUAUCACAGUUAUGUUCCAAGUUUUCUCCUGUGAGCUAGUUCUGUCUCAUCCCUCCUUCAAUCUUCACCUUUCUCUCCCUCUGUCUCUCACCCCCUCGUCCUCCCCUCUCCCCAUACAGGGGCAAAGGUGAGCCCGUCACCGAGCUGAGCUGGCCCUCGUGCCGACAGCUCCUGUACCAGUCAGUGGCCACAGUCCUGGCCCACGCCGGCUUUGAGUCGGCCCAGGAGAGCGUGCUGGAGACCCUGACUGACCUGGCCCACGAGCACUACCUGCGCCUCAGCCGACUGCUGCGCACGGCCGUGGACCGCGAGGCCCGCCUGGGUGCCACGCCCUUCCCGGACGUGGUAGAGCAGGUGUUCCACGAGGUGGGCAUCGGCAGCGUGCUGGCCCUGCAGCGCUUCUGGCAGGUGCGCAUCAAGGACUACCACAGCCACAUGCUCCAGGUGAGGAACUGUUGGUAUUGUUUCGGGAUGGGCUUGGUUUGUGAUGUGGUGGCUGGGGAAAAAAGUGGGUUGUGUUUAGUAGGACACAACAUUGUGAAAGGUAGACAUCCAUUGUGUACAACAGACUUGGAUAGUAUUACUCCCUCCUGAACAUGACCCUGACAUGGCUAGGUGAGACCAGGCACCUGCACCCUGUGGAGUUUAUUUGACCUUGUAGUCCUGUGUUGGUUAGAUUAUCCCACUGUUAACUCUCUAUCCCCUGUGCCGUUCCUAGAUCAGCCAAGAGCUAUUUACCACCCCACUGUUAAAACUAUCCCUUCGUUCUGUUCCUAGGUCAGCAAUAAAGGGCUCUACGGUGCAACCAUUUUACUCGCAUUUGCACCAAAAAAUUUUAAUGUGCGAACUGAAAAAGUCAAGUAUGAGCACAUGUGCAAGCUGGUUUAUAGCGGGUAGCUAAUCACACAAAGAACUACGAAUCCCAUAUAGCUAUCCUACCUCACGCAGCAAUAGUGCCGGGGGGGCUGUGUGCACUGUGAGUGAAGUGCUGAAAGAGUCACUUUUAGAAGCUCACAGGCAUAGAAGUCAAAUUUACCCGAAAGUCUACUAAAGUGUGAUGUUGUCCUCGUGUUUCUUGGCUAUUUACAUUAUUUUGUUCACACGCUAGGUUGUUUUUCAAUGUUAGUUUAAGCUUGCUCAACUGCUUGUCAAGAGAAGUCGGACAGACCGACAUGCAAGUGCCCUGUUUUACCACUGUAACCUCCGGCCCUUAAAGGGGCAGCUGAAUAUUUGUCUCAUCUAAUUUAUUGAAAUAUUUGAGGGUACAUUGUGCUUGAUUGCGCAUGGAACACGCCCAAAAACGUUUUAUUCAUGACUUUUAGUCAUUUAUUAUAAAAACAAACAUACUUUCAUUGUGCUCCUACAUUUCUUUGUGUGCUCCAAAAUGUUUGCUCCUUGUCAACAAUAUCAACGUAGGGCCCUGCAAGGAGCUCACUGUUAAACCUCUAUCUAUUCCCUGGGGCUGUUCCCAGGUCAGCAAGGAGCUGUCGGAGGAGUACGAGCGGCUGGUGAACCCUGAGAAGGCCCUGGAGGACUCCAAGCCCCCGCGGAUCAAAGAGGAACCCAUGAAUGACAUCGCCUUCCCCGUCAGCGAGGAGCCAGAGGCGGACCAGGCCUCUGGGGAUCAGGCCCUCCCCAUGGGGGUGCUGGGGGCCCCAAACGAGAGGCUGGCCGGGGGCCUGGAGGGGGAACACUCACCACACACCUCAGGUAUGGUAUAUACCCCCGUAAUACUAAUACUAUGUACAGUCCUCACCAUAUGUGUCGUGUCUCCCGAGUGGCGCAGUGGUCUAAGGCACUGCAUCACAGUGCUAGCUGUGCCACUAGAGAUCCUGGGUGGAAUCCAGGCUCUGUCGUAGCCGGCCGCGACUGGGAGACCCAUGGGGCGGCGCGCAAUUGGCCUAGCGUCGUCCAGGGUAGGGGAGGGAAUGGCCGGCAGGGAUGUAGUUCAGUUGGUAGAGCAUGGCGUUUGCAACGCCAGGGUUGUGGGUUCGAUUCCCACAGGGGGUAUGAAAAAUAAUAAUGUAUGCACUAACUAAGUCGCUCUGGAUAAGAGCGUCUGCUAAAUGACUAAAAAAAUAAUAAUAAAAAAAUAUAUAUAUGUAUUUGGACAGUGAAGCUAAACAUUUUAUUUUGGCUCUGUACUCUAGCAUUUUGGAAUUGAGAUCAAAUGAUUAACAUAAUGUAGUCUAAAGUGUAGUAUUUGGUCUCGUCCCUUGGACGCAAUGACUGAACUGUGUCUGAACAUUCUUACAUUCAUUUGGAUGCUACUGCGAUUAUGACAAAUCGUGAAUAAUGAAGAGGUACAAAGAUGAUACCCCCCCCCCCAAAAUGCUAACCUUCCAUUUUAUUGGUAAUGGUGAGAGGUUAGCAUCUGUUGUGUAACCACUAAUUUAGCCAAAAACAUAGCCAAAACAAACUGCAAAUGCACCCAACAAGUUUUUAGAGACGCAAGCUUGAUGUAGUCAUUGGGUGCGAGCAAUAUGGGACCAAAUACUAACCCUUUAGUCCAAAUACUUGUGAUUUCUUCAAAUGGUGGGGACUAGAUCCAUAAAGUGCUGUUGCUGUUGUCCAAAUGGUUAAACCUUUUUUUUUUUUUUUUUUUUGCAGACGCUUUUAUCCAAAGCGACUUACAGUCAUGCGUGCAUACAUUUUUUUUUUUUUUGUGUAUGGGUGGUCCCGGGGAUCGAACCCACUACCUUGGCGUUACAAGCGCCGUGCUCUACCAGCUGAGCUACAGAGGAUAGUGCCUCUUCGUUUUGGACUGUUUCAUUACGGAACCUAUUUGGCUGGAUCUGGUACCUCUCGAGGCAUGAAAAAUUAUUUACAAGUUUUGCAAUAUAGUUAAAUAAAAAAGAGCUCAAAGUUCAUUCGAGUUGCCUCUUCAUUAAUUAUCCUAGCUGUACAUGAAGCCCAAUAACAAGGCGUAGCCUACAGUCGGGAACGAGUGAACAAACGGCAUGCGGACAAAACAUGCCUUUCGCAAUAUUUCAAAUACAAUCGAGGGAAAUACAGGUUGGAAAGCAAACGGUUCCUGCUGAAAAGAGAAGACUAAUCUGUCUGCUGUAGGCUACCAAGAUAUUUGAUCAACUUCCAAAUAUGUUUUUACAAAGUAAAACGAGAGAGAGGCUUUUGGCAUGAGCGCAUCGACCAUCACCAGCGAGUGAGCUGCGCAUCAUUGGGUGAGUUAGUGAAACUGGAAAGCAUUUUUAGGACAAAUUUCCUCCUCAUAUUGUAGCCGACAACAUGUGUCUCCACACGCCUCGGCUAUUGAUGGAUUCAAGACGAGUUCGUUUUUGUUGAUCUCAGUUUGUCAGUGUCAAAGUAGCCUGUCAUUUCGAUUAUUUGUGCGGCAUUAAAAAAGAUUCUGCCAAAGUCUCCAGUCAUGUAUAAUGACGUAGAAUUGAAUGAAAUGCGUUUAUAAAAGGCAACAAUUUUACCGGACCCUAGGCUACAAAAUACAAUUCCCCAUGUGUGCAACUUCUGUACGUGCCUCUACUUUACUGCUCUAUGCCACUACGCAAAUGCGAUGAUAUGCAUGCAAUGCUUUAUUAUAAAGGUGAUAUGAAUAAAUAUAUAUAUCUGAUAAGAGGUGACAUUCUGUACUAUCGUGCCAUAUUGAUCAUUUGAUCUGAAAUUCAAAAUGCUGUAUAGAGCCCAAAUUAACAUGUUAUCUUCACUGUCCAAAUACAUAUGAUGAGGACAUAAGGACAUGCAUAACAUAAGGCAUGAGAGUUGGUUGUGUUUUUUUUUUUAAAUACCCUAAAAGUAUGGCACUGAUUCUAACAUUGACUUGCAUGAUAUCAUAACACUGACCGUAUGAACGUGUUUUUUAGCAUUUGACAUAGAUGUAUACUUCAUUUAUGCCUACAUGAUAUAGAUACUUUUCUUAAAUUGGACAAACACUGGUAUGAUACCCUCAGGGACCAAGAGGCAAUGAUCAUGUUAACUGUAUAACAUUGCAUUGUUUUCAUGAGAUAGAUUUGAUUACAAAUAACUAUUUCAUAUACAGUAUUUGUAACCAUGUUCUCUCCUUCAUCUUGGCCUAUGUGUCCCUGACAGGUGGCGGAGUUGCCAUCAGCUCCCCCUUGUGGCACCUGUCGCAGGUGAAGAUGGAGCCCCAGGACAGCGAGGAGGGCCAGGUGUCAGGCCACGGGGUACUGGGGGGUGAUGUGUUCGAGGAGGGAGGGCCCAUGUCCACUAUGAGCGAGGCAGACGGCAUGGCGCCCUCGCCCGGAGGGGCGGCGUCGGACGGCAGCUAUGCUUCGCACUCUCCCGACUCACUCAUGGGCACGUCGCCCGUCUUCAACCAGAGGCCCAGGAAGCGCAUGAAGAAGAUAUGAGGAGCCUCAGACUCGCGGAGGCGGCCAUUUUGUGUCAAGGUAACAUUGGCACAUAGAGUGGCAAUACGAAACAUUGCAAGGUUCCAAACUGAUUCCUAUGCCGUUGUCCAUUUUCCCCGAACAGAUCUGAAAGUAUUGGAUAGGUCUCAACAAUAGACCCCUUUCUGUGUUUGCAAACAUUGCCGCACGAGGGCGAUGCGCGCUAGUUGGUAGUAGAACACGGGGAGUUCUUAUUGAAUGCCAGCAAAAAAAGCCUCUAUUUACAUGUUGCUUAUGAAUGCAUUUCACACUACUUUUGGGUUAUAAUUGGAUUUUAAGGCUCGUGUGAAUGUCCUGCUUAAUAUAAUGUUUGUGUCAUCAUUGCAAAUCAACUGCAUUAUACUUAAAAAACACUUACACUUCAACCAGUAAAAUGGCUCUUUGGCAA